AUGCUAAACUCCGAGCUUCUGACCGGAUACAACCCCAGUGUCCAUCCGGGUCACCAAUACUCGGGGCAACUUCUCAAUGUAAAUGCUAGCUUCAUGUUAAGGAAAAUCCAAACAUUUGACGAAUUGACAAGUACAUUCGCUAUUGUCGGUGUUUUGUCUGCAUAUUGGUAUGACGAGCGAUUGGAUUGGACUCCGACAAAUUAUAACGACUUAAAAGUUACUCAUUUCAAACUGAAAGAAAUAUGGACGCCUCCAUUUGUCCUUGGCAACAGCCAAGACGACAUUGACUUAAUUGGAAAUGGAGACAUGCACGUUGCAGUAACUUUUGCCGGAGUUGUAAACUGGCUUGUGCCUAUAAAAAUAUCUACCACGUGCGAUGCCGACGUUACGUAUUAUCCAUUUGACCAACAAUCCUGUGUUGUGCUACUGUUGCCAUGGGGUUACGAUGCAAGCCUCAUUCAGCUCAACGCAAUCGGCGCGACACUAGACCUGACAAACUACGCAGAGAAUCCAAUUUGGAAUCUUGUCAGCACUAGUCUACAUUCUGCUCAAACUCCAUCUCUGUAUUUAGGAAUGAGAAUCACAUUUAAAAGAAAAUCUAUGUUUUUCGUGAUGAAUUUCAUACUACCAACCAUUUUAAUGUGCUUCAUUAAUGUAUUUGUGUUCAUCCUCCCGGCGGAGUCCGGCGAACGUGUUGGCUUCUGUAUUACCGUGUUGCUGGCCAUCGCCGUUUUCCUAUCCAUCGUGUCCAGUGCUCUCCCACAGACGUCCACUCCACAAAUGGCCAUUCUCUGCUACCUUCUUGUCGUACAUAUAGUACUAAGCAUAAUGAUAAUGAUUUGUACGAUAUGUGGACUUCGGUUUCACUUUCGAUCUGAAGAAGAUCAGGUGCCGAGUUGGAUUGCUAGACUGACACGAUACGUCGGCAAUGUAAGAGGUACUAAUUUGAACAGGUCUAGCGUGUCACCAGACUCAACGGAUCCGGUUUCUGUAACUGCAAAGACCGACGCUGAUAUUAUUGGAGUGGAUACAAGUGUUCUAUCUGAAGUGUCCUGGAAGCACGUCAGUACUGCCUUCAACAGAGUGUGUUUUGUGUUCUUCAUAGUGACUGCCAUGUCAUGUAACAUUGCUUUUCUGUUUGUUUUAUCGGUCUCGUAA